CUGGCGACCGCUCGAUGAUUCCGCCGGGCGGCGAGGAAACGCGAUUUUCCGCGGCGUCCCUCGCGACUCGGGGAGGAAUUCCGGGAACAUUCCCUGCACUUCCCAACUCUCCCCUUCCUCCUCCCCCAAAUCCGAACAUACCACUCCUCCACCGCCGGCUGCCAUGGCGCUCAAGGCCGUGCUCGCCUCCGACGUCCACUUCUUCGACCAGGUCCCGGACAAUACCCCCACCUCCGUCGCCCGCUCCUCCUCCCCCUCGCUCAAUUUCAAAGAGCUGGAGUGGAAGAGCAAUCCGGAGAAGCUGGUCGUGGUCGGCCACCGGGGGAAGGGAAUGAACGCGCUCACUUCGCCGGAUCCGCGAUUUCAGGAGGUCAAAGAGAACUCGCUCCGCUCCUUCCGCGAGGCCGCGCGCUUCCCCGUCGACUUCAUCGAGUUCGACGUCCAGGUCACCAAGGAUGACUGCCCCAUCGUCUUCCAUGACGAUUCAAUACUAACUCAAGAGAAUGGAAUGACCUCCGAGAAGCUCGUCACUGAUCUCAGCUUAGAAGAGUUCCUUUCUUACGGACUCCAAAAGGAUUCUUCAAAGAAAGGGAAGCUGUUGUACAGGAAGACCAACGACGGCAGAGUCCUUAACUGGAACGUGCAAGCCGAUGCUCCGCUCUGCACCUUGCCGGAGGUGUUUCAAGGCGUUGAUCCUCGGCUCGGCUUCAAUGUCGAAAUAAAGUUCAAGGAUCAUAUCGUUUACGACGACGAGGAGCUAACUCAUACCAUCCGGACGAUCUUGCAAGUUGUUUAUGCUCACGCAAAGGAGAGGCCGAUCAUCUUCUCUAGCUUUCAACCUGAUGCCGUGCGGCUUAUCCGCAAGCUCCAAAAUGACUAUCCUGUGUUCUUCCUCACCAAUGGAGGGCAGGAGAUCCACAAAGACCCGAGAAGAAACUCAUUGGACGAGGCGAUCAAGUUAUGCUUGACAAAUGGCUUGCAGGGAAUAGUUUCCGAAGUCAAAGCCAUCUUUAAGAAUCCAGCAGCUAUUGCAAGAAUGAAGGAAGCCAAUCUCGUCAUCUUCACAUACGGAAAACUGAAGUAGGAGGAACUGAAGUCAUUAACCUUCACGACCAGUUUUUUAAAUUUUUUUCCCUUAAUUAUAUAUCUUGGGGUUUUGGUUUGCGGAUGAUCGAUGAUGAUCGGUUGCUACUGCGCUUCUGCAGUAAUGUUCCUGAGGUAGUUCACCUGCAGCAGCUGAUGGGGAUUAGCGGUGUCAUCGUCGACAUGGUGCAGGAGAUCACCGAGGCCGUUUCAGAGUUCAGCAGGCUGGAUGUUGACGGCGACGAGGGCGGCGCUGAGGAGGUUUGACGGCCAAAGUUUUCUCAGUGACCACUUUGGGCACGUCGUGUACAGUGUGAUCGAUUGUAAUACAAUUGAAAAGUUUUUGUGUGAAAAAACAAAGGAAGAAAGAAAUUACUAAAUCUCCAAUUGGAGCGUGAAACUGUAUCUUAGCGGUUCCUUUAGGACGCCUCUUUCCGAAAAGGAAUAA